CCCACGUCGGUAACCAAAACAUCUUAUGUAGUGAGAAGGAAUAAUGGAACUAAAGAAGAAAUUGUCCAUUACAAUUACCUUAAACCUUAUCAGAUUCAACAUGUCAAGAAACCAAAGUCAAGGAAUCCACCAAAGAAGAAUGGGGUCGGACACCCAGCACUGGGUACCAGUGAGGACAGUGAAUCUGACAGCAGAGAAGAGGAAAUGCAGCCAGAGAGAAGAUAUCCAGAAAGAAUUCGAAGAUCUCCAGAAAAAUACACAUAA